AUGAAAAAUCCAUUUUGCUUUGAUAAACAGCAAUACCUGCAUCGUUUCGGUUAUCUGAACAGCCCGGCGCCCAGCUUACACGAAUUUCGCGCUGGACUUCGAUUGUUCCAGGAAGUGGUAGGCGUGGAGCCGACUGGUGAACUGACGCCCGAGACCGUGGAAGCCACCCAAAGGAAACGUUGCGCUCAGAAGGACACAAGGAAGGAUACGGGCAGAUCGAAACGAUUUGCUCUUUCCGGCACAUCAAAAUGGGACAAGAAACACUUUACUGGCCUGCACGAGCUGUCCCUCAAGUGGUUCGUCUCCGAAUACACCAACGACAUCCCAAAGGCGAUUAUUCGCUCGACAAUCCAGAAGGCUUUCCAGCUUUGGGCCAAGCAGGCUAAUGAGCGAAACCUGCCUAAGGUGACUUUCCACUUUGAAGAGGCCGCAUCACAAGACGAAGCUGACAUCAACAUUCUGUGGGCCGAAGGAGCUCACGGGGAUCAGUACGAGUUUGAUGGCGCUUCGGCAAAGAAAAACAUUCUGGCGCAUACGUUCUUUCCCGGUCAUUCGGAACCGCUCAACGGUGACAUCCACUUCGACGACGCCGAGACCUGGGAGACUGACCUGUCGGCGGCCACCAAC